AUGGGAAAGUUUCAAAGUAAAGUAAAAAAGAACAGCUCGAAAUACAGGGCUGACAAUCAUGUAGAUGAGAGUCCUGUCGUACAGUCUGCCCAGACUCCGAGCCGAGCUCACAGUGACGCUGUUACUUACAUCGUGUCCUUGAAAUCGGACCUGUGCGUGUCAGGAGGAAAAGACAAAACUGUUGUUGUAUCUAACUGGAGGGUCGGAAACGCCCUGAAAAGAUUUGUGGGACAUGAACGAGAAGUUACCAAGGUCGCCGGUGUCUUUGGAUCAAACCAUUUUUUCAGUGCUUCCCGGGACAAGACUGUGUUAAUGUGGGAUCUACACGGGAAACAUGGAACAACACAGAAGUUUUUUGGGCAUCAUUUAAUAGUGACAGGACUGGCAGUGAGCUUUGACUCCACCCAGCUGGUUACUGGCUCACGGGACAACACCCUCUGCAAGUGGGAUGUCGAGUCUGGAAAAUGUCUACAAAAAGCCGCUAUCUCCAGAAACUUGGUUACUCAUCUGUGUUGGGUGCCCGGUGAGUGUUCUGUUGUCCAGACCUCUGAAGACAAAAUUAUACGCAUCUGGGAUACACGGGACCUGCAGGUGGCUCACACCUUCCCCAUGAAGCAAUACUUCCAAACGCAUUGUGAUGUCAGUGAGGAUGGAACGUACUGUCUGACCUGCAGCAAUGGCUUCGGCGGGCAGGGAUGCGAAGCCACACUGUGGGACCUUCGCCAGACAAAGGACAAGGUUUGCGAAUACAAAGGCCACCUUCAAACCACAGCCUCUUGCGUCUUCCUUCCCAAGAGUAUGAGCACAACACCUUUAGUUGCAACCUCCUCACACGACUGCACAGUGAAGGUGUGGGAGCGUGAUUCGGGAGCAUGUCUGAGCAACCUCUUUCUGGAUGGAUCAGGACCUCUGUCGUCCUUGGCAGUGUGCGACAACUCAUUUAUUCUCUGUGCCAGCUUCAAUUCAGGAAUUCACUCACUCCGGAUGGAGGCCGGGGGCCCCGCUCUUUAUCAGAUGGCAAAGUUCUAA